UGGCGACGGAGGGGGCGUUUCUUCCGCAUUCGUUUCUUGUGUUUACACAGUAGUUGUGAACGUGUAUUUUGUCAAGAUGAUUGAUCAGAAAGCACAAAAUAUAAGCUCUAUUCCAAUCGAUGCAUUUAGCAAUAUGCGAAUCACAUCAAUAUGGACAUUUCUGAUGUCUAUACAGUGGUCGGAGCCGUGGCUUAUUGGACUUCUGGGGUUCCAUGCUGUCUGUCUCCUUGCAACUCUCUUGACACGUAGAUUCUACAGAGUGCAAAUAUGCCAGUUCCUGGUUAUGGUAUGCAUGGUGUACAGCGCUGAAUAUCUGAACGAGGUGGCAGCCAUGAACUGGAGAUCAUUUUCCAAGUUCCAGUACUUUGACUCAAAUGGGAUGUUCAUAUCUUUGGUCUACUCCAUUCCCCUUCUGCUCAACACAAUCAUCAUUGUUGCGUUGUGGGUGUACAGGACGUUCUCCACCAUGAUAGAGCUGAAGACCCUGCAACUGAAGAGAAAGGCCCGUAGAGAGCAGAACAAGAAGACUGACUAAUCACUUUCCUCUGGGACCUCCAUUGAGAUCAGUGGGGUGCUGAUGCUGGGAAUCACCUCAACUGGAUCCAUGUUAACUUGGCUAACAUGGUACCACAUCAGCAUCACAUGGCAAACAUCUGCAUCACAACAUGGUUGGUUCCAGUGCUUCGACUGCCUAAACUUUUUGAAAGGUAGAUCUGUACUGUGUUUGUAUUAACUACAGUAUGAAAAGAGUGGAGGGGGCGAUCACUAUUGUUUUCCAUCUUUUCAAUGGGUAAAUUUCACACCUGCAUUGCUUAUAUACUUGCCCAAGUUGAUUUCCCUCUGCAAAUCAGAACAGACGGGAUGGCUGAAGAAGUAUGGUUGUGGUAAAGUUGCCUUUCUUCAUUAAGUGAAUAUCAUUUGAUGGAAUACAGUGUACAUAUAAAACAUUUAUUAAGGGGACCAAAUAUGUUAUCAAACAUUUAUAACAUUUUUUUCUUCAUAUUAUGUGAUGAGAAGGUAGCCUACUUGUUUUGCACAACAGUGUAAUGCUCAUGGCAAAUAUUGUCGUUAUUUUGCAUGUAGUGAUAAUGGUUAUGGAAAAUAAAAUGUUGUAUUGAG